AUGGCAUACGAGACGACCACAUACGAUCACGCUGGGUUCUCCGCCGCUCGCUCGACUUCAGUCGCAUACAAUAAACUUGUUCGUCUCGACAAGCCUACUGGUACAUACUACCUUUUCUUUCCAUGCCUCUUUAGUACGCUUCUAGCUGCGCCGAUGGCUAUACCAAUGGCAACACCGCUUGCCAUCGCAGGAUACACGAGCUUGUUCUUGACUGGAGCGCUGGUCAUGCGAGGAGCUGGAUGCACCAUCAACGACCUCUGGGAUCGUAAUCUUGAUCCUCAUGUCACUCGUACGCGGCUUCGACCAAUCGCUCGAGGGGCAGUGAAGCCUGAAUCAGCAAUCAUUUUCACUGGAGCACAGUUACUUGUUGGCCUUACGGUCCUGCUUCAGUUCCCUACUCAGUGCCUCUACUAUGGGGUCCCAUCAUUACUCUUGGUAGCAACAUAUCCGCUGGCCAAGCGUGUCACGCACUAUCCCCAAGCCGUACUCGGCUUGACCUUCUCCUGGGGCGCUUUCAUGGGCUUUCCAGCCCUCGGCGUAGAUCUUUUUUCUAACCAGGAUGCACUUACAGCUGCUGCAUGCCUAUACGCAAGUAACAUUGCUUGGACUGUGUUGUAUGACAUGAUAUACGCCCACAUGGACAUCAAAGACGACGUCAAAGCCGGUAUUAAGAGUAUAGCGCUGCGACAUGAGAAAGAAACCAAAGCUGUGCUGACUGGGCUGGCUGUUGUGCAGAUUGGACUCCUUGCUGUCGCUGGAGCUGCUGCAGGUGCUGGGCCUGUCUUUUUUGUCGGUAGCUGUGGGUUUGGUGCAAUCAGCCUGGUGUCCAUGAUCUACAAGGUGAACCUGAAGAGCGUGACGAACUGCUGGUGGUGGUUCAAGAAUGGCUGCUGGAUUACCGGUGGCUUCAUUGCUACAGGACUCCUUGGAGAUUAUGCUGUUCGCCUAGCCGCGUCGGAAAAGACAGACGAGGAUAACGGCUCAUAGCAAUAUUAUACACCCGUAUUUGCGAGUCUGAAUGUAAAAUAUUGUUGUAUGGCGCAUCAUACCAAGCGAAUCAAAACUCGAACCGUGUUGGGUCCAUAAAAGCAGCAAGUCUCCGUGCCAAAGACUAUAACCUUGAGAAUUGUGGUUUUCUUCGAUAUGUGUUGACAUAUCUCCUGUGCCGCGACUUGUCGAACAUAGUCCUUGGUCACAGGAGUAUUUCGGAGAAAGGCUUCGAGUACAAGUAAAAAGAGUGUCAUCUGCACACUGGCUGCGUUGAAACAGCUGCGGUCGAUAAAUUCGAAUCAGAUGCGAUCUAUGCCACAUGAAUUAUCUCAAGACUUGUUUGCUUCGGUUAUUACAACGUAACUAGCGUACUUGUGCAUUGAACACUUCGAGCUGGUCCUCAUGGCCACUUUGAACGGCGCAUCCUUGAGCACCUUCGAAACCUGAACAUGUGUUUCCGCUGAUGAGCCACCUCCCCAUUCACGCACUCAAAAU